AUGGAGACUAAAGUGGCACGAGAUCAUGCGGAACGGUUACGUGUUAAGAUUGGCUAUGAAGGACUGUUUUUUGUUGACAGUGAUGGUUUAAGUGGUGGUAUAGCAUUGCUGUGGAAGAAGAAUUGUACGGCACGACUAAUCAGUUACUCAACGAACUAUGUUGAUGUUGGGGUAACUAUUGCAGGCUUUCCUGAAUGGCGAAUGACGGGAUAUUAUGGGUUUUCUGAACGAACGAGACGCACUGAGUCUUGGGAUCUUCUGAGAACGCUUUCGGGUAGGUCAAAUCUCCCGUGGGUUGUUAUUGGAGAUUUCAAUGAUCUAUUAUAUCAGAAUGAGAAGAGAGGGGGAAAUCCGCAUCCGAACAGCCUCCUACGCGGUUUUGGGGAAGCUAUUGAGGAUUGUGGGCUUGCUCAGUUGCCUAUGGUUGGCUAUCCGUACACAUGGGAGAAGGGGAAGGGGACAGUAAACUGGAUGGAGGAGAGGCUUGAUAAAGUAUUAGUGACGGAGGAGUGGCGGAGUAUGGUGAUGGGGGCAAAGGUGAUGAAUCUGAGAACCCGGAAGUCCGAUCAUUCGGCUCUCUUUUUGGGGAUCCAAGAUUAUACUAGUCUUGGGCCUCGUAGGAGAGGAUUUCGAUUUGAGAUGGCCUGGUUGCACGAUGAAGGGUGUAGGAGUGUGGUAGAGCAGUCUUGGCAGGAGGGGAGGGGCCAGGGAUUGCAGAACUGCAUUCAGUACUGUGGGACCCGGUUAACACGAUGGGGUGGAGACCGGCAUCAUAAGUACGGAAAACGAAUUAAGGAACUCACAAGAGAGCAGCACCGACUGAGGGGGCAUACUGACCCGGCUUCCCUAGCUGAGUUCCGGCGUCUAGAGCAGCUGUUAAGCUGUACUGAAGCUCAGGAGGAUGCCUACUGGAGGCAGAGAGCCAAACAACAUUGGCUGAAGGAGGCGGACGCUAAUACGAAGUUUUUUCACAGGUAUGCCUCUCACCGAAAAAAGAAGAAUACUAUUUCUAGAUUGAUGAAUGAUAAUGGGGUUUGGGUUGAGGGGGAUCCUAUGAAAAAUAUUAUUCUGCAGUACUAUAAUGGUAUCUUUUGUGCGGGAACCCCGGGAACAGGGGAGGAGUUUUUUGAGGGAAUUAUCCCGCGUAUUACGCAGGCACAGAAUGAGUCAUUAUUGCGCCCGUUUGAACUUGAUGAGAAAACCCCGGAAUAUGUCACUGACUUACGGCCUAUAGCCCUCAGUAAUGUGGUCUAUAGAGUUAUGGCAAAAAUGUUGGCUAACAGAACGAAGCCAUUAAUGGACGGAGUAAUAUCUGAGUCACAGAGCGCAUUUAUCCCGGAUAGACUAAUAACGGAUAAUAUAUUAUUAGCUGCAGAAGUGGGACAUUUUCUGAAUAGGAAGCAAUGUGGAGUGGGGGGAUGGAGUGCUCUAAAGCUAGAUAUGGCGAAAGCAUAUGAUCGGGUUGAAUGGUCUUUCUUGCGAAAGAUGAUGUUAGCGCUGGGUUUUCAUGCUGGUUGGGUGGAGGUGAUUAUGAAGUGUGUAACCUCUGUCUCAUAUAAUAUUCAGGUGAAUGGUUCGAAGUGUGAUCCAAUUAUACCCACUCGUGGAAUAAGGCAGGGGGAUCCUUUGUCCCCAUAUUUAUUCAUUAUCUGUGCAGAGGGCCUAUCUAUGAUGUUACAGCGGGCACAUAAUGUUGGAUUAAUACAUGGCUGCAGGGUAGCACGAGGAGCCCCACCGAUUUCUCACUUGUUUUUUGCUGAUGAUAGUUUAUUGUUUUUUAAAGCAAAGGCAGAGGAAGCAACUGAGGUUAAGAAAUGUCUGUCUGAUUAUGAGGGGUUAUCUGGCCAGGCAAUAAAUUAUCAUAAGUCCAGUAUAUGCUACAGCAGGAAUACUAGUAGCGAGGAUAGGCAAAGUGUGGCUCAGAUUCUGGGAGUGACACAGGCACCAAAUUUUGGAAAGUAUUUGGGACUUCCCUCUUUUGUUGGAAGACACAAGAAAGCAGUUUUUGCGUAUGUGGAGGAUAAAAUUCGUCAAAGAAUUGGGUCAUGGAAUAAAAAACUGCUAUCACAGGCGGGGAAAGAAAUCCUCUUGAAAACUGUAGCACAAUCUAUGCCUACGUUUUCAAUGAGUGCUUUUUUGUUACCUGUAUCGGUUUGUACGGCAGUGGAGAGGACAAUGAAUCGGUAUUGGUGGGACUCUGGAACUGAUAGGCGAAUACACUGGAAGGCGUGGGAUAAAUUAUGUAUCCCGAAGAAAUAUGGUGGACUGGGGUUUAAAGAUUUGCGGGCAUUUAAUCUGGCAAUGCUAGGAAAGCAGGCGUGGCGAAUGUUUAUUAAGCCUGACUCUCUGGUCACACGCGUGUAUAAGGCCAGGUACUUUCCCAAAGGAACUUUCUUUGAUGCACAGGUGGGAAGUAAUCCCAGUUUCUGCUGGCGGAGCAUCAUGGCAGCAAAGAGUAUUAUUUGUGGUGGGGUCAGGCGCAGAAUAGGUAAUGGGGAGGCUACAUUUAUAUGGACCCACCCAUGGCUACGGAAUGACCAUGACCCAAUGAUACAAACAGAAAUGCCUAUACAGUUACAACAUGCCAAGGUGGCAGGUUUGAUAGAUCAGCAAACUGGUGCCUGGGAUCCCUCGAUUUUAACUGAUUUAUUUCAACCUGAUGAUGUGACAGAAAUUAUGAAAAUACCCAUAUCCCCGGAAUAUGAGGAUACCUGGUACUGGUAUGGGGACCCAAGAGGGGAGUAUUCUGUUAAGAGUGGAUAUAGGCAAAUAAUUGGAAAUUAUCAACAGACUAAUGGGGCUUUUACAAAAUGGUUGUCCCUAUGGAAGCUAAGGAUCCCCCCAAAAUGGAGAAUAUUUCUAUGGAGAGCCAUUAGUGAUAUAUUGCCUACUACUACAAAUUUGCUUAUAAGGAGGGUGGAUGUGGAUUUAAGAUGUGCCAUGUGUGGAUUAUCUCAAGAGGACACAAUGCAUGCUAUGGUGUUGUGUGAUUUUGCACGGAACGCUUGGGAAAAAUCUAACCUUACAAUCCCAAAUAUAAUCACAAAUAUUUUUCAUAUUUGGUUUGAUGAACUUCUAAAUGUUCUAGACUCUGAUGGGAUAUUCUAUGCAGUAGCAAUAUUAUACAAUAUUUGGAGAGCAAGGAACAGGGCCGUUUGGGAAGCAACUUUGCCGCGACCGGAGGUAGUACUCAAAUCCGCUGCGGCUGCCAUGCAUGCAUGGGUACGGGCGCACCCGCAGCCCACAAUCCGAGCCACCACACAGCCUUUGCCGAGCGCGCUGCAAGGAAGUGCCGGCCACCACGCGACGUACCUGCCUGUAGCCGAGCCGGACGGACCUCCAAGGCGUAUAUGCCGUGUGGACGGGGGGGUAUAUGCAAGAGACAGGACAGGCUGCUAUGGGCGUAAUCUUGCUGGACACGAAUGGAGGGGUCUGGGGAAUUUGGAGUUGGGGAUUAAACCUUUUGAGAGAAGGUACAUGCUUGACUUGAUUAAGAUCACAAGGUGA